AUGGUUGCCAGUGACACUAGGCCUGGAGACGAGGUCCCAGUCUCGUGCGACACUACGCGUCAUGAAGCAGACGGCCGUGGCGUACCUGGGCUGCUGCCGCUGCUGCGGCUGGGGCGGGCGGGGCCUUCAGUGGCAGUGGCCCGUGAGCAGCAGGACGGCGCCAGCCAGCGCCAGCCGCGGGGCCGACCACCUCACCGACGGCCGGCAGCCUGCAACACGCGCGCCACUUGCCAGCAACCAUCGCGGACGGGAUUCGAACAGCGAGACCAAGUAGUUAUGAACGGCAUUACGACGCUGUAG